AUGAAGCUCUCCGUCCUGUCUCUCGCCUCGCUGGCGCCUCUUGUGGCUGCCCAUUUUGAACUGAACUACCCGCCCAGCCGGGGAGUCGACGAGGACAAAAUGACCCAAUUCCCUUGUGGUGGUCUCGCUGUCUCUUCCAACCGCACCCAGGUCUCCCUGUCAGACCCUUCGUUCCCCGUGGCACUGACCAUGGGCCACGAUGAGACUGCCCUUGAAGUCCUCUUGGCCCUCGGAAGCGAUCCGGGUACCAACUUCAACAUCACCCUGAAGCCGACCUUCCGUGUCGAGGGCCUCGGCUCCUUCUGUAUCCCCACCAUCGCUCUCGACGCUUCCGUCCUGGGCACCAAUCUGACCGAAGGGAUGAACGCGACCUUGCAAGUGCAGUCCAAUGGUGACCCCUCCGGUGGUCUCUACUCAUGCGCCGAUAUCCAGUUCUCUGCUAGCGCAACCUCCUCCGAACCCUCAUCCUGCAAGAACGGAACCGGCGUCACCGCCAUUGCUUUCACUGGAGCAGCUGCCCAGCGCAAUGCUAACGAGUCGACCGCAGAAGGCCAGGCGCAAAGCGGCAGUGGUAGCUCCUCAGGCUCCUCAGGCUCCUCGGGUACCGCCACCUCCACAGGUGGUGCGGUGCCGCUCCAGACAGCCGCCUGGGGAGUACUGGGGGCUGCUAUGGCGGGUGGUCUUGCGAUUCUUUAG